GGGCGGGCGGGAGAGCGGCAGGCGCAGCUAUGGCGGCUCCGCUGAGGGGGUUCCGCCUCCGCCGCCCCGGCAGCGCGCAGAAGUUCGGGGCGGCGGCCGGGAGCCUGCGUGGGCUGCUGCGGAAGGGCUGCCGGCUGCUGCAGCUCCCGUUGGCAGGCAGCCGGCUGUGCCUCUACGAGGACGGGACGGAGCUGAGCGAGGCGUUCUUCCGCACGCUGCCGCCGCAGACGGAGCUGGUGCUGCUGCGGCCCGGGGAGAGCUGGCCGGGCUGCUGCGGGGACGUGGAGCGCUUCCUGGCCGCGCUGUGCAGCCGGACGGACGCGGUGGUGGAGGCCGCGCGGCGGCUGCUGGAGGACGAGCGGGCGCCCCGCAGGCAGAGGCUGCUGGCGGAUCUCAUCCACAACCUGAGCGGGGACAGCGCGGCCGAGCGCCGGGACGAGGACGGGAAGUGGUUCGAGGGUCUCGAAUCUCGUUUUAAGAACAAAUCGAGCUAUAUGCGGUACAGCUGUGAAAGCAGAAUACGAAGCUACAUGAAAGAGGUUAGUAAUUUUAUUUCAAAUGUUCAUCCUACAGCGAGAGAUGCAUAUAAAAGGAUACUUGACCUGAUGUCAGAUAAACUGAAAUCUGUGAAGUAUAACGGCAGCUACUUUGACAGGACAGAGGAGGAGGCGGCGAUGCGCCUGUGCACAAAGGAGGGAUGGUUCUCUUGUCAGGGCCCUUUUGACAGAGAUGACUGCCCAUGUAAGCAUUCUAUCAACCCCUACACUAACAGGGAAAGCAGAAUCCUCUUCAGCACCUGGAAUCUCGAUCACAUGUACCAGCAAGUGUGUUCUGCUCCCAAUGGAACGAGCAGUCCCUGCCAGGCACACAGAGUAGCAGGGGCCAGUCUGCAGCUGCUGGGGAAUAGAAGAUCACCAGCAUGGUUUACAUUCUGCACUUAUUUUGCAGAACUGUACCCAGCACAUCCCUUUGAACCCAGCUUGGGACGAGCCUUGCCGUUCAGCACAGCGAUGCCCACACGCCUGCUGCAGCCCCAUCCUAAAGCAAACCCACAGCACAUCUCCUGCCAGCGCGUGGUGGCAACUUGUGCAACCCUCAGCCUAUAAAUAUUUCUAUUUGCCUUUGAAAUGAUUGCUACACAGAGACAUUCUCCCUCUCUGUCAUGUGAUUAACUCUUGUUCAUUUUCUGUCACUUAGCUUGUGAUAAUUCAAUACAUGAUGUUUAUAAAGCCUCACCAAUUUCGUUCCUGGCUCUUAGGAAUUCCCAAUCCGGGGGCAGGUGAGCAGUGACCCCAGGGGCAGAGCUGGUCUGAGCACAGGUGCUGGGCAAGGUAGUGCCUUAACAGAGCAAAAACCAUCACGAUUUACAUCAAGAGGAAUCUUCUUCCCUGAUAUCUCACAGGAGUGGGGGUUUAAGCUGCUUGGGGCAUAUUGCUACAGCUCAGUAGCUCCCCAAAUUAAAAGGGGACAAUUACAGCUGAAACACCUCAGAAGGGGACCGUGGAAUGGGUUGCUGAGGUCAGACUCUUGCCAAGUCUCACAGACUCGUUACAGAAAGGAUCGAGCUUCAUUGGCAAAGCAAUUUGCUGUUGGUUUUCUAUCCCCUCCUCUCCUGAUGCCAGAGGUUUCAUGUAAAAAGCUGUGUCUGCUCCUCUGAGAAGACCUUCCACCAGCGGGGCUCCUCAGACAGCAUCUAUCUCAGAAGAGCAGGGAAAAACAAUCAGAGGAGACAUGUUCUGUUCAUGCAACAGCAAGCAAUAUUGUACCAUUGGCAAGAAUCACGCUGAGACAACUGCUCUGGUGUCCUCGAGUGCUGCGUGCUUGUGCAUUCAUUCCAACUGGGGACCCGAGUGCAACAGGAGCAAUUCAGUCAUCAGCCCUACAAGGCUCCGUAAUGAAGCCAGAUCGUCAUUACAAUCUGUUUAAAUAUUUUUUGCAUGGAAGCAUGCGUCCAUCACCUCCAUUAAGAAACCAGUGGUGCAUAUCCUCUGCGCUCUUUCGAAGCUGUUCUGGCAGAGCAGCUCCAUCAGAUGAUGCUGUAGCAUGAAGGCACCUUCUGCCUGCAGAAGGGCUGCUGUGCCUUGCCUUGUAUCUCUGCUCCUCUCCCAGGGCCUGGCAGAGUCUGUGUGCAGCAAUUCCUUCCUGCCAAGUGUCUCUGGUCCAGUUCACCCAUCAAGGUGGAACAUCAGCCCGUCAGGUGUCCAUCAGGUGGCCAGAAGCCAUGUGGCACACAGUGAGCCCCUUUUGACAACUGGAUUUGAUGUGAGGAUGUGUGAAUAGAAAACCACCCACGAGCAGAAGAACAAAACUGUUUAUUCCUUGUUGUCAUUUCAUCUAGAAAGCGAAGCCGGCAGCUCUCUAUCUUUCGGGAUUUAGAGACUGUUUGGACAAAAGUUUCCCCACGGGCAGCAUGGUGCAGUCACAGAGCUGCGGGGUUCGCAGCAUGAACACGCUUCCUGCAGCCUGCACGAUCAAAAGGCAGCGCUGCAGCGGCGUGUAAAGCAGGUUAGCAAGGAGAGAUGAAACAGCAAUCAGGCUGCACAAAGAGAGCUUUCAGGUAUCGGGCUCUGACAGAAUUCAGCAAGCAGCAGUUCUGUCGUUCCCACAGACGGCCCUGCAGAUGGAAGCGGUGUUUAAGGAGAAGCUGUGCAGUCCUUGGGGCUGAGAUCCCAUCAGAACAUCGGUGCAGGCACUCAGUAGGGAUCCAUCCCUCAGAGCCCCGAGAGCCACUCGGGAGGACGGGGCCACCAGCCUCCAGCAGAAGCAAUUUCUCCUUCUGUAGUUUAAUCCUCUCCCUUCCCCUUGAUAUGCAGUUUAUUUAAUUGCGGAGACAAGAUGCAUUUCUUUCUUGAGGGAUUGUGGGAGAAUAUUUGUAAUCCAGGGGCUGUAAUUGAACUCAGCAAUAAUAAUUAUACUUCUCUUCAUUAAUAUGUCUUAGAGCUCAUUACAAACUCUUCUCGUGCCAGCAUCUUCACCAGAUCCCUGUGGGGUUGGUGAUAACUUUUUAUUCCACUACAGCAGCAACUUUACAGAGUGCUCCUACAGUAACAGCAACAGCCCGAAAUGUGGCUCUGCACAGAGGAGGGGAAGGCAGGGAAUAGCCCCGGUGUGAGUGCUGGCCCAGGGAGCAGCAAACACAACACUCUGUCACAUAUGGCCUCGCUCAGGCUGUGCACAAUAGGGAGCAUUGCAGGGAGCACUAAGGGAUUCCUGGCUAAGUGGCUGCUGCAGGGCAAGGCAGCACUGGGCUGUGGGCACGCAGCACAUGGGGACAUGGCUCUGCCAAGUCUGAAAGCUGAUGCUUUUCAGUACAAGAAAAUCUACUCCAGAUCACAGGUCUGCAAUUAAGAUGAAAAAUUCAAACUCGUUUUACUCAGACAAGAGAUACUGGGGAGGCAGUGCAUUAGGAUACGUUCCAAGCUCACAAAUCCCAUUAACGCUGAAGUGAGGUCCCCAUGCAAAUCCCUGUGAGCAGAGAGGAAAACAUGCCUUAGAUUUAAGAUAGCUUUAAGCCCCUCUCUGAUACGGGGAUGCUGCUCCUUCAAUAUUUAAGCUCAGUCUGUGAAACAAUUCAAGUUAUCCAACAUUCAUUAUCCUGUUUGUGCCAGCAGCGUUGCCAGUCCCCAGUGCAUCAUGCAGAACCAUUCCUUGCUCCGGCAGCAGCACCGAGGUGUGCUAUGGCAAUUACGGGGGAAUAGCAAUGUAUUGCUCCCCUGGAAGCACAGCACUGGUGCAGCAGUGCAAUGGCCGUGUGCUAAGAGCACCCAGACAGUGGCAUGGCCAGACAGUUCCCAGACGCAUCAGGUGCUGCCAAGCUUGCUUUGGGGUGAAAUUAACUCCUCUCUCAUAUCCAUGUGAAGAGAGGAAGAUAUGAAAAAGGAGCAAAAUAAGCGACAGCAGCCACGAUAAGCUUUCUUUAAAACAAUCCUGCCAGGUAUAUGUGCACUUGCUCCAGGUCUGCAAGUAUUUGCCAUAGAUAUUCAAUUAUUUUUCCUCAGAUGUCACCACCUUUCAUUGGAAAUGCUCCCGUUGAGCUCAUCUGCAGCCCGGCUGCAGGCAGGCACAGCACUCCAAGGCUGAUGCUGCUGUUGUCUGAGCACCUCCAGGUGGACCACUGAGGGCCACUCGCAUCCACCCCUCUCCUGCCCCACUCCUGGUGGGAGGGGGGACCCAGUUCCAUAGGGCAGAACCCACACGUUACCCUCCCUGUGCUCCUUGGGGGAUUUCUGCCUUCCUGAGUUCGGUGGAGUUGGAUCCAUCCAGAACGAUUUCAUUGCUUCAGUCUCAGUUCCACCCUCCAGAGACUAAUUACCUGCUUCCUGCAUUUGCAUCAUUACACUCAAGUCAGUUUAAGCGAUAUGUAGUUUCUGGAAGGAGAACUGAAACCAAGAGGCAGAAAUCUUCUGAGCAGCAAAUGGCUCGGAAGAAAACAGCCAUGUUGGGACGGGCUUGAGCCAUCCCUAUAGAACUGGAGCUGCAGCACUGUACGUAAAUAGGGCCUGAACACAGAGAAUGGGAACGAAGACCUAUGUGCAUUUCUGAGAGGCUUUUAAAUACCUAAAGGGAGGAGAUGGGCUCAGUUUCGUCCUGCCCCAGAGCCACAGUCAGCUGGCAGGGCUCUGUGCUCCCAGCCACUGCCAUGGCACUUCAGAAAUGCAAAUGAAAGCCAGAUUAUGAUAUUUUACGUAAAUAAGCAAUGUGGCAAUCCCAGCCUGGCUUGGGUUGCCAGGAAAUUCACUGGAGAGAUAUUAACAUUGAAAUAUGUGAGCAUGUUCACACGGAACAUUUGUUGUAUAACUCUGGGCUCCAAUAAAGGCUUGUAUAAAUUA